AUGGCCACUAUCACAAGUAACCUAAAAGCGUGCGUGACUAAAGAGUUUUUUUUUAAAUUGCAGGUGGAUUACGGUCUCACAGAAGAGCAAGUUGCUGAAUUUAAAGAGGCGUUUUUGCUCUUCGACAAAGAUUCUGAUGGAAUGAUUACUGCUGCAGAGUUAGGGGUGGUCAUGAGAUCCCUAGGACAGAGACCCUCCGAGUUAGAACUCAGAAACAUGGUACACAUGGUGGAUAAAGAUGGCAAUGGAACGAUAGAGUUCGAUGAAUUUCUGAGUAUGAUGUCAAAGAAGAUGCAUGAUUCAGACAACGAGACAGAAUUGCACGAAGCAUUUCGAGUGUUCGACAAAAAUGGAGAUGGAUUCAUCAGCUCCAGUGAAUUACGCCAAGUCAUGACCAACCUUGGCGAGAAACUGACAGACGAAGAAGUAGAAGACAUGAUAAGAGAAGCAGAUCUUGAUGGGGAUGGAAAAGUAAAUUACAAUGAAUUCGUCGUCAUAUUGACAUCAGCCAAGUGAGAGCAAGUGAAAUGAGAAAAAUUUAACUGAUGCUGAUAAGCGAUGUUACUUAAGAACUGCUGGUCUAAAAAUAUUCUCUUCUCGGUGUAUUUUUCUGUUGAAAAGGAAAGAUGGAAGAACUGUUUAUCUCCCUCUCACCAAAAAUAAAAUAAAUCAUUGUCCAAAUACACACAACGCCUACAACUUGGUCUAGUGUGCCAGCAACCUCCUUUAUUCUAUUCUAUUCAUGCUCCAUAGAAUUUCAUAUGUGUUCGAAAUUUAUUUUUACUCACCUGUGCUGUGGCGCAAAUUAUUCUUAACACUUUUUUUUUCUUUUGCAUUUGUGUCGGUCACAGUUGAAGGACUUAUGACGACAAACCACAUGAGCAGAUUUGAAAAUUAAAAAGAAAAUAAAUAAAUAAAAAUAUAAAAAGAGAAAAA